AUGGCAAGCUUCAGGGUCUCCUUCCUCUCCCUCCUUCAGUUCCUCCUCCUCGCCCUUACCUCCGUGGAGGGCGCCAGCGACGAGUACAACACGUUCAUCGUCCACGUGCAACCGCAGGCCAACCACAUGCUGGAGACGCCGGACGACCGGAAGGCGUUGUACCAGUCGUUCCUCCCCGACCAUGGCCGUCUCCUCCACGCGUACCACCACGUCGCCAGCGGCUUCGCGGCCCGGCUGACGCAGCGGGAGGUCGAGGCGAUGUCUGCCCUGCCCGGGUUCGUCGCCGCGGUGCCGAACCGGGUAUACAAGCUGCACACGACGCACACGCCACAGUUCCUCGGGCUGAAUUCCCAGCAGGGCACGAGGAACAAUUCCUUGGGAUCUGGCGACGGCGUCAUCAUCGGGGUACUCGACAGCGGCGUCACUCCCGACCACCCUUCCUUCAGCGGCGAUGGUAUGCCGCCGCCGCCGGCUAAGUGGAAGGGGAGGUGCGACUUCAAUGGUCGCUCUGUGUGCAACAACAAGCUCAUCGGUGCUCGCGUUUUCCACACUGCCGUCGCUUCUGGAAACGGCACCUCCUCUAGCGGCACGCCGCCGUCGCCGAUCGACGAGAGCGGGCACGGCACGCACACCGCAAGCACGGCGGCGGGAGCAGUCGUGCCAGGCGCUCAGGUGCUUGGACAGGGCAGGGGCACUGCGUCCGGGAUAGCACCCCGUGCUCACGUUGCAAUGUACAAGGUGUGCGGCCUGGAGGACUGCAACAGUGCCGAUAUGCUCGCUGGCAUCGACGCCGCCGUGUCUGACGGCUGCGACAUACUCUCCAUAUCCCUUGGAGGUACUUCGGUGCCGUUCCACGAGGACAGCUUGGCCGUCGGCACGUUCGCCGCCGCAGAGAAGGGACUGUUCGUCAGCAUGUCGGCUGGCAACUCCGGACCGAACUACACCACGAUGGAGAACGAGGCGCCCUGGAUGCUCACCGUCGCCGCGAGCACCGUGGACCGUUUAAUCCGCAGCACCGUGCGCCUUGGGAACGGACUCACCUUGGAUGGCGAGUCAGUGUACCAGCCAGAUUUCUCGGCGACCGUCUUGUACCCGCUGGUCUUCGCGGGCUCGAGCUCGACACCUGACGCCAAAUUUUGCGGCAACGGCUCCCUGGACGGCUUCAACGUCAAGGGCAAGAUAGUGCUCUGUGAGCGUGGCAACGACGUGCCGAGGCUUGCGAAAGGUGCCGAGGUGCUGAGAGCCGGAGGCGUUGGCAUGAUUCUGACCAACCAGUUCAUUGAUGGCUUCAGCACCCAAGCCGACCUGCACGUCCUCCCGGCGUCGCAUGUCAGCCACGCCGCCGGUGCGGCAAUCCUGAGCUACAUCAAGUCGACGGCGAGCCCGGUGGCGCAAAUCACCUUCGGAGGCACGGUCCUCGGCGCGUCCCCUGCCCCAAUAAUCACUUCCUUCUCCUCUCGCGGGCCCAGCACGCUGAACCCCGGAAUUCUCAAGCCGGACAUCACGGGCCCUGGCGUGAACGUACUCGCGGCCUGGCCAUUCCAGGAAGGCCCACCGUCGCUGGGAGAACAAACCGGGCCGACAUUCAGCUUUCAGUCCGGAACGUCAAUGUCUACACCACACCUCAGCGGUAUCGCCGCGUUGAUCAAGAGCAAGCACCCGGAGUGGUCGCCGGCAGAGAUCAAGUCGGCCAUCAUGACAAGCGCUGACAACACCGACCGCUCCGGCUCCGGCAUGCCAAUACUCAACGAGCAAAAUAUGGCUGCCGACUUAUUCACUAUUGGUGCCGGCCAUGUCAACCCAGAGAAGGCCAUGGACCCCGGUCUAGUAUACGACAUUACACCUGCCGACUACAUUGGCUUCCUCUGUGGCUUGUACAGGAACAACAAGAAUGUCUCGGUGAUCGCGCGUAGAGUGGUAGACUGUUCGGACAUCAAGGUGAUCCCGGAACGCAUGUUGAACUACCCAUCCAUCUCCGUCAUAUUUCCGCCAUCGUGGAAAUCAACAACUCCGAUUUUGGUGGAACGCACGGUGAAGAACGUCGGAGAGGUGCCAGCGGUAUACUACGCUCGGUUUGACCUGCAAGAACAUGAUAUCAACAUCAGCGUCGUGCCUGCAUCAUUACAUUUCACCAAGGCGAACCAGGUGAACACUUACACGGUGACCAUAUGGCCGACGAAGGGCAGUGCUUCCAUGGUGGUGCAGGGCGCGCUCCGAUGGGUGUCCGACAAGCACACUGUGAGGAGCCCCAUCUCAGUCAUGUUUGCCGGACAAUAG